GCAUUCCGAGAGCCCACAGGUGGAGGUAGCGCAGGGCGACCCACUGUGGGGCCAGCGUAUGGAACAAAGCUUGGCAAGCCUGGAGCCUUUGGUGGAGGCCACGAGCAGAAGCCUCCAGCCUGGGUCGGCCGAGACCGCCCAGAGCAACCAGGCCCAGCUCCAAGGCCUCCAACCAGGACGCAGUGAGUCUCCACGUGCUGUGGCCGGCAGAGCGGUCGUUGUCGAAAUCACGGAGCUCCAGCCUAAGCGCAGGCUUCCACGUGGGCAACGGGCCUGGGCUCAGAAAGAGAAACGCGUGAUUGAUGAAUCUCGGCGGUGUCAGGCCACAUGUAGAGAACCCCUUUAUUACCCGAUACCCACUAUACCCGAUUAUUAUCCUUCCUUACAGUCACCCUUGUCCUUUCAUGGAACAAAUAAUUCAAACUGGUUGGCUGCGCCCUCCAUUGAGGCCGUGGCCAUGCAAACUGGACUCACAAGGCUCCAAACAUGUCCAAUUCUGGGGAAGUCCUGAAGGCUUUGUUGUCGACGCUUCAACUUCAGUAACUUCUUUAGCAUGAAGGUCGACGCAGAGCUCUGAGCGUGGUCAGUGACUGGACGCUACUCAUGAC